AUCAAAGCGGGACGACUCCCUUGUAGAUGAAAUCGAAUGUAACUUGUGAAACAGAGUCGCAGACAUGUUGAUUUCACACAAGUGUUCUCUUCUUCUUCGACCUUCUUCUUCUCCGGCGGUGACGCUGUCUGUCAGCCACUUGCUUCGCUGUUUUCACGGUCGUUCAGCUCUGUUCAGACGGUGUCCUGCGGGACCACGGACAAACACAGCCGGGACAGAACUCCUUCUCUCGGCGCAGGAGCAGCGGAGAGUCCGUUAUCUGUCCCCCGCUUGUCCGGUCCGCUGCUGCAGAGGACUCUCAACCUCCCCGAGUGUCCGCAGUGACGCUGUUGGGAAGAUCCAGUCAACACAUUACCGUCUUGUUUACACCUGCAAGGUUUGCUCCACUAGAUCCACGAAGCAGAUUUCCAAGCUGGCCUACCACAAAGGUGUAGUGAUAGUGACAUGUCCAGGAUGUGAGAAACACCACAUCAUCGCUGACAACCUCAACUGGUUCUCUGACCUGGAGGGGAAGAGAAACAUCGAGGAAAUCCUUGCUGCCAAAGGAGAGACUGUGAGGAGGAUCGAAGGAGACGCCACUCUGGAGAUCGUGCUGGAUGAAUCCAACAUUGACAAGUCACAGUGUAGUGAAGACGCUGAAAAAUCCCACAAUGAUCCAGAAAAAUAAUAAUAUUGUAUAUACUGUAUUCUGUAUAUUGCAAGAUGUUCAUAUUUAAUUGCAUAAUAAAUGUAAAUGUUUUUAA